AACUACCCUAUCUCUCCUCUCGUCUCGCUCCCCCAAAUUUCAAAUUUCCCGACAAACCUCAAAAAAUCAUAACUCCUCGCCGGCGAAAAUCCUCCCAUUUCCGGAAAUGCCCUCGCCUCACUCCGACUUCGACCUCGCGGGAUCCAUUCAGCCAACAUUAGGGAUGGGCGAGUACACGUUCGCUGAUGCCGGCAACUUGGAGCAUUGCGCCAAGUAUUUGAACCAGACGCUGGUGACCUUCGGGUUCCCUGCCUCGCUCGAUCUGUUUGCUACGGAUCCGGUAUCAAUUGCAAGGACUUGCAAUUGCAUACAUUCUCUACUUCAGCAGAGGCAGAGGGAUAUUGAGUUUAGGGAGUCGGCUAAUGAUCAGAGGCAAAGGUUGCAAUCUGACAUAUCAAGAUUAGAGGCCAAGGUUGAAAGACUUGAGGCGCAAAUAGCCUCUAAAGACCGAGAGCUCGCCACCUUAACCCGAAAGGAGGGUAAAGCUACCGCGGCGUUCAAAGCUCAGAUUGAAAAGCUGCAGCAGGAAAGGGAUGAAUUUCAAAAGAUGGUUAUUGGUAAUCAGCAAGUGCGCACACAACAAGUGCACGAAAUGAAGAAAAAGGAGAAGGAAUAUAUAAAAUUGCAGGAGAGGCUAAACCAAGUGUUAAUGGAGAAGAAGAAAGAAUCUAAGUCAGGAAUGGAGAUAAUGAAUUUGUUGCAGAAAGAAGGACGCCAACGGGGAACAUGGAAUGGAAAGAAGGCCGACAAUGAUUUCUAUAAAAUGAUUGUUGAUGCAUACGAAGUGAAGAAGCAAGAACUGAUGGCUGAGAAUUCCGAUUUGCGGGCAUUACUACGUUCAAUGCAGAUGGACAUGCGUGACUUCUUAAAUGCUCCCAAUGGGCAACCACAGCAACCUCUGAAUGUUAAUGAAAAGCAGGAUGCAGGGUCUCCUCAAUCUCCUUUGGGUGGCAGGACAGAUGUAUUUGACCUUCCUUUUCAUAUGGCUAGAGAUCAAAUAGAAGAAAGUUUGCGAACUAAGAUGUCUUCAAUAAAGGCACGCAUGGUUCAGCUUCAAGAUGCACAAAAAGGAGCUGAGGUGACCUCUGAAGCGACUGAGAGGGAGCUUGAGCUUGAAGCUCAACUUGUUGAAGCGAGGAGCAUCAUUCAAGAGCAGGCUUCAAUAAUGUCCAAACACAUUUCAAAGUCUGAGAAGCCAAGGAGACUAAGUAGCCAGCUAGAUGCUGAAAGGGACGGGAUCCAUCCAGCGCCUACUGAGGUGGUCUAGUAACCCACAAAAGCCUGGUAUUUUGACAGUGCCGGCUUUAAAUGCUAUUCAGCUGCAUUGGCGCAGUGCUGUACUAAGUUCUAGAGUAUCAGGGGGGUGGAAACUGGAAGCAUCAGAGUCAGAGCUGGCACUGAUAUGUAACUUUUGUAAGUCUAGUAUUAUCUGGAUUUGGAUAGGUUGAAGUUGGAGGAUUCUCAUGUGAAUCCCUGACUCUGUCCCGAUUAAUAGCUAAAUGAUGUAUCUCAAAUACUGAUUUUUCAAUAGUUAUCAUUUGAAGCCAUAUCAACAUAAGCUUCUCUUUUCCAAUUCA